AUGUCAGACGACCAAAAGAUCAGAUAUGUUAGGUUUUGCCAAGUUUUUAAUAAGGCUAUAAGUCAAACGUUACUUAAAUUACAAAAUUGGGAUAAAAUAAAGUCAUGUUUCCCAGAGUAUUCAGAGACUAGAGAAGGUGCCCAGAAUUUGGUGACUUGUCAAGAACAGGUAUCUCAGUUUUGGGUUGAAUUGUGUAAACGUGAAUUUAAUGAGAUUGUAGAAGAGAGGCAGGUUAAAAUAAAAUUAGAUGAUUUAGAUGAUCUGAUAAUUGAAGCUAAAAAAAGACUAGACAACGGUCAAGAUGAAACAGCACUAUCAGAUAACUCUAUACCGAUUGAUCAGUUGACUUGUGGACAACUGAUUGAGUGUAAUUUACAUGGUCAACGGUUAAAAGCAAUUGAAGAGUUAGACGAAAAGCUAAACCAUAUUAAUGAGGUAAACGAACAACUUGGGAAUCAGAUUAAAGAGUUAGAGGAUGAAAUAGAAUUAGAAAGACAAGAAUUGAGAAAUGUGUAUAAGACACACCUAGGCGAUCAUAUUCAAUCUCCUCCAGAUGAAGUUUUACUUCAAGGUCUGAAUGACAUGCUUCUUGAAUUACAAGAAACUUGUUGA